ACUUCUUUUAAAAACAUGAAAAAUCUUACAGAUUCCAAACUUUUGACCAGUAGUGUAUUUUCUGGUACUUAUUACAAAUUACAUUACUAAGAUUUUGAUCAAUAAAACUAAGGUUAUUUAUUAAAAAAAAAAAAAAAAAAAAGAUUUAGAAACAACACAAGGAGUCUUAGACAUUUGUUACUGCAUGGUUUUUAUAAAAAACAAAACAAUUGAAUGCAUUAAAUGUCAAAUAAAACAGAUUUCCCGAAGUCUGUUUAUAAAUUAUAAUAUAAUACACCCGGUCGUUGCUAUUUUGUCAACAAUUCCCUAAAGUUUUCGUGAGUGUUUUAGUAUUUUGAAAUUAUGAAAUAAAAACUACGUCUCUAUAUCAUUAACGCUUCACAUUUUGCUAACUUUGGACGUUUGUCUUGCAUAUGGUGGAUGUGCUUUUAUUUUGAAGUGAAAAACAGGAAGUUCUGAAAGUUUGAUAGCAUUUCACUUCCGAGAUGUUCUUGUUUUGUUACGUCAUUAUCAACAUUGCUUAUAUAGACCGACAGAGAGAAGUUGGGUCAUUUUUGGUUGUUAUUAAGCGCAUUUUAUAGUUGCAGUAAAUUGUAAAGGUGUAGCAAUAAAAUACGUCAGAUAUAAUGUAUUUCAGACUUUUUGAAUACCGUGUUGAUCUUUGAACCGGCACUGGUUUGUUAGGCACGAGAUGGUUCCAGUGGAAUCCAGAGGAUCUAAGAACUCAAGUUACAACAAAUACAAGGAAGUAUUAUGGCAUCACCACAGAUAAAGGAGCGCCCAUCAGGUGUUGUGUUAAACACAAUAUCAAAAGCAGCAUCUCCGGAAUCAAAGUGCCCAAUAUGCCUGGAUCACUUUAAAAACAUAUCAUAUCUUGAUGUGUGCCUACAUAAGUUUUGCUUCUGCUGCAUUCAUGAGUGGUCAAAGAAUAAAGCAGAAUGCCCCUUAUGCAAGCAGCCAUUUAAUUCAAUUUAUCACACCAUUAAAUCUGAAGAUAACUACAAGAGGUUUGACCUGCGGCCAUCUGAAAAUGGCUCAUUUGGCAACAUGGCAGGGCAAAGAUUCAGGUAUCGCACCACACUUACAGGCGACCGCAGACCAGCACCGAGGAGGACGUCUCCCCCUCCUGACCAUGGUGUCAUAUUUGAGGGCCUGAGAGGAUCUCUUCCACAGCGGCACAACAGAGAUCUCCAUAGCAUGAUAAGGAGGAUGGCAGUUAGGCAAAGAAGAGAGAGUGAGGGCAGGUCGGUGCAAAGCCUUCAUGAACAAGAAGUAGUUAAAUUCAGACGAGCCUUGUACAGAAGAGGAGUGCGAGUCCAAAGCGUGCAGGAUGGUGGCCGUAUCAGGGAGACCUCUGCAGAGUUCUUUAAAAGAAAUCCUGCUUGUCUCCACAGGCUUGUACCUUGGUUGAGACGAGAGUUGACUGUUCUGUAUGGCACCCAUGGUUCCCUUGUCAAUAUAGUGCAGCACAUCAUCAUGACUCUGAUUACUCGACAUAACUUGGACGACCAGGCUGUUCUACAUGAGCUUCGUCCCUUCUUGCUGUCCCACACAGAGCACUUCCUCCAUGAGUUUCUUAGCUUUGCUCAAUCCCCGUUCAACAUGGAGGCAUAUGACCAGCGUGCUGUUUAUGACUUGCCUCGGCCCUCCGGAGAGAGUAGCAGUUCAGAAACAUCUGUGAUUGCCAUCUCUGAGGAUGAGAGCGAUUCUUUAGUGUCAGGAGCCCAGGAUUAUGCCACUCCUAGGGUGACCUUAAGCCAAACAGCAUGGGAUGAUGAGACCCCAGGGCCAUCCUACUCUUCAGAGACAUCUCAGGUAUUACCUUUCCAUGUGAGGGACUCAGACUCUGAUAGUAGUGUAGGGGAAGCAGUAGCGUCUGUUACUGCUGUACCACAUCAGGACCGUCCAGCAAAUACUGCCACUUUUGCAGUCGAAGAGGAGGAUUCCCCUGGCAGUGAUGAAGACUGUGUUAUUAUCGGCUAUGUUAAGCCAGUGGCAGAAAGAACACCAGAACUGGUCCAGCUUUCUUCUGAUUCCGAACAUUCUGAGCAGAAUGCAGAGCCGCAAAGCCCUCGAGCACCCCAACACAUUCGUUUUACUUCAGAGUCUGAUUUGUCACCCACUGUCACUCAGAGACCCUCGGUGAGGCCAACAAGGUGCUCUCGCUCACCUGAUGACACCUCUACUCACCUUAGAAAAGAAGAUAAAUAUGGUAAAAGGCAUCAUGAAAGGGAGUUGUCGGGAUCUAGAGAAGGAUCCUCACACAGCAACAGGACACACUCUUCCUCUUGUAGCAGGAAGCACCCAUUGUCUAAAGAGAGCAAGCAUAAGUGGAACCAAGGAAAGGAGACAAGUCGCCACAGCUCUUCUUAUUGGCAUUCAUAUAGCCAUUAUAGUCAGCAAGGCAGCAGCAGGAGAUGUUAUACAGAGACAAGCUCAUCCUACACCAGCUACUACAAAAGUGUAUAUGAUCACUCUCAUUCUCGAUCACACAGAAGAAGGCGAAGCAGGGAUCGUGAGGACAGAAGUAAUUCAAGGAGCACUUCCAGAAUGAAGUCCAGCUCCUCCAGCUGUCAGGAAAGAAGACACUCGAGGAGCAAUUCUAAAACCAACUCUUCACAUCGUCGGCACAGAAGCCACUCUGAAAGCCAUUCUAGAAUCAAGUCUUCCAAUCAUCAGGAAAGAAGUCACUCAAGGAGCAGUUCUAGAAUCAAGUCCAGCUCCUCCAAUUGUCAGGACAAAAGUCACUCAAAGAGCAGUUCAAGAUACAACUUCUCCAAUCGUGAGGUCAAAAGUCGCUCAAGGAGCAAUUCUAGAAUCAACUCUUCCAACUGUCAGGAUAGAAGUCGCUCAAGGAGCAAUUCUAGAAUCAACUCCAACUCCUCACAUCAGACAUCACUGCAUGAUGAAUAUGGCAGGAAAAGAAAGUACAAAACAAAGCAUUAUGAGGAACCCUCAAGGAAAAGUCCUAGUAAGUUGUUCGCCGAUUCCGCUGAAGAAGGUGCAAAAAAGAAAAACAAGAAGCAUCACAAAAGGUUCAAGAGGAAAAGUAGGAGUCCAAGUGUAGAUGACAAAUCUGAGGGUCACAGUAGGAAACAUCACAAGAAGAAGAAAAAGAAACACAAGAGGAAGAGCAAGAGACAUAAUAGUGAGGGGAGGGUGGGAAAGCAUAGCCCUGUUCUGAUUACAAUAACUAGUGACAGUGACAAUGCUGACCCCAAUGAACCUUCAACAAGUAAUGUCUGUGCAGCUAGCUCCACUUUUACAAUAGCAAACAGUGCUACAGAAACUCAUCCGCCCAAGUCUAGUUUCCUAGACAUGGAGCAACAGUCAACUGCUGGAACUGAAUAUAGUUCAGUGGGUGAUGCAGGGAAUCACAUCCAGACUGAUUAACGCCAAUGCCUUCGUGAUUUUGUAUGUUCAAUUUAACUGUUAUUGAAUUCCUCAAUUUGUGGCAAAUAAAGAUUAGCAAAGGACUAUUGUUGCAAUGCCCAAAUGUUUUUUCAUUGUUUUAUAAAUAGAGAAGGGAUGCGUUUUAAAUGUGAUGAUUUUGAUUUGGGGUUAUUUUUAUUUUUUUUUUUUGUAUAAUUGUAUAGGAUAAAUGUUCAUGUACAUUUGUGAUUUUGAAAAUGUAUUAAUUUCAAACUCACCUAUGCAAGCAAAUUGAGAGUCAACCAUUUUCAAGGUUUAGUGUUCUUUUUUAUGUUUUUUUUUUUUUUUUUAUUUAUCUCAAAUAAAUCGAAAAGAAUCAUAAAAGUGUAUUUAUUUUCUUAAUGUCCUGUCAUAACGUGUUAUUUUAUAUAGCCUACAUUGUAUUUCUAUGUGUAGCCUAUGUUUGCUUAAAAUAGUCUGGUAGCAGUUUCAUGCACAGGCAUUCAAUAUUAAUUUUUGGUCCAGUUUACAGUUUUACAGUUCACACAAACUCAAUGUAUUCCCUCAGAUUUCUAAAAUAUGUUAAGAAAAUUCCCCAAAAAUUCAUCUUUAUAUUGAAUCAAUGAUGCCAAGCAUAGAUUUUAUCCAGAGGUAUGAUUUUUUUUUUUUUUGCUAGUGCACAAUAUACUGUAUAAAUUAUUUUUAAAGGUAAAAGAAUGUAAAAUGCUAUAGAAAAAAAGUACAUUUGAUGUGAUCUGUGGCAAAAUCCAUUUUUGUUUGCUGAGAUAAUGCAUUUUGUAUUGCGUUCAUAUCACAUUAUUUCAGUGUGUUUUUCUUUUUAAAUCAUGCUAAUGACAUUAUUAUUAUGACGAGUUUUCUUGAUGGCGUUUUAGUGGGCUAAAUCGUGCACCUUAAUGUUUUAAGAUAUUUUAUGGAUUAUAGUGGUACCAAAAAAAAAAAAAUGCUUUAAUUACAUCCCAUAACACAAAGUCUAACAGUGGCGUUGUCGUUAUACUGUAUUGUUUUCUGGUUAUCUUCUCUUGGAUCUACACUUGUGGGGUUCAAAAUUAUUUAAAAUUAAUUAUUACUUUGGUUUAGUUAAGUCACAGUAGGCGGCGCUACUGCAUUUGUUUCGUUUGCGCAGCGGAAACAAGAAAACAAGAAAGAACUAGUAGGAAGCUGAUGUUUUAGGCUAAUGCUACACUUGGAAGCAUUGAAGAAAAUGGCAUCGGACAGUCACGUAAAGAUAGGAAUAAUUGGUGGAUCUGGCCUUGAUGAUCCAGACAUCCUGGAGGGAAGAACAGAACGAUAUGUAGUCACACCAUUUGGAAAGCCGUCUGAUGCUCUAAUUUUGGGCAAAAUAAAGAAUGUUGAAUGUGUGCUUCUUGCAAGGCAUGGGAGACAACACACCAUCAUGCCCACAAAUGUCAAUUAUCAGGCCAAUAUUUGGGCAUUGAAGGAAGAGGGCUGCACUCACCUGUUAGUCACCACAGCAUGUGGUUCUCUCAGAGAGGACAUCCAGCCUGGGGACAUUGUUUUGAUUGACCAGUUUAUUGAUAGG